UGGGCAUCGGGGUCCCCGGCAGGGCGGGGGGCUGCUGACGGCUGUGCCCUGCUGACGUGGAGGGGAAGUGAAAGCAGCUGUGCGCCACUGGCCUGGCCUCUGGACUCUGCCCUGCAGCUAACUGGGGCCCGGCCCUGUGGAAAGUCCCUUGUGCGGGGGGCGGGCAGCCUGCCCAGCCCGGGGCGCGGCUCUGGGUCCCAGCACAGUCUCCCCCAAGCACCCGCCGGCCCUGGCAGUGUCCGAAGCGGGGAGGGCGCUGUGUUGGGUGCCCGCAGCAGCAGCGGAGCCGGGGCUCGGGGGGCUCGUCCGGAGGGGGAUACAGGCCGGUGUCUGUGUGCAGGCAUGGCGGGCCGGGGCACGGAGCAGAGCCUGCUGGAGGAGCUAACCUGCGCCAUCUGCUGCGACCUCUUCAUGGAGCCGGUCAUGCUGGAGUGCAUGCACCACUUCUGCAAGGGCUGCAUCCAAGCCCACUGGCACAGCAGCGAGCACCCGCCUUCCUGCCCCCAGUGCCGCAGGGAGAUCCCCGGCUGUACCUUCCGCACCCCCUACCUGGUAGCGGGGGUGGUGGAGAAGGUGCGGCGCUACGGCCUCCAGGAGCACCGGAGGCAAAUACAGAAACAGCUUGAAGAGGGGCUGCAAGCUCACCAGAGAGAGAUGGAGCGCCGUGUGCGUACGAAGCACGCGGUGGAGGAAGAUAUCUGCAGCCUGACGAAAGUCUCUGGGGAGCUGCACGCUAAGAUCCAGGCGGAGUUUGAGCGACUUCAUCAGAUCCUGGUGGAAGAGGAGAGAACAGUGUUGAUGGAGCUGGCCAAAGAGGAGGAGGACUUGCUGGUGAGGCUGCAGGGGGACUUCUGGCAACUGGAGAAUGGGAUCGUGGAGCUGGGGAGGAACAUGGAGUGCAUACAGCAAGCCUUGCGUGAAUUGGACGAUUCGGCACUGGUGGAGGUGGAGAGCUUGGAGAUCAGGCCCCUGGUGCAAGUAGAGGCCCCACCUCCCUUUGACGCCGACCACCUCCGAGACCAGCACAGCGGCCCCCUGCAGUACAUCUUCUGGAGACGGAUGCUGCCAUCCAUCUCCCCUGCUCCUGCCCCGCUGACCUUCGACCCCGAGACAGCCCACCCCAACCUGGUGCUGUCUGAAAACCUGAGGGCAGUGACGGAGCAGAGGACCCCCCAGCCCGUCCCCAGCAGCCCCAAGCGCUUCCAGAAGUGUGUGAACGUGCUGGGGUCCGAGGUCUUCACAGCCGGGAGCCACUACUGGGAGGUGUGGGUGGGCAACAAGACCAAGUGGGACCUGGGCGUAGCGGCCGAGUUGGCAGACCGGGCAGCCAAGGUGAAGCUGUGCCCUGAGAACGGCUACUGGUCCCUUCGCCUGAGGAACAGCACAGAGUACUGGGCUGCCGCCGUGCCCUGGGUGCGCCUCUACCCCCCGCGCCGCCUGCGCAAAGUGGGGGUGCUGCUGGACUGCCAGGCAGGCACGGUGGCCUUCUACAACGCUGAGGACAUGGCCCACCUUUACACCUUCCGCCAGGUUGCCGCCCCCGGCCUCUGCCCCUUCUUCAGCACCUGCUUCAGCGACGGGGGGCAGAACGCAGAGCCCAUGAGGAUCUGCCACCUGGCCCUGUAGGACGUGGGCUGUUCCCUCUUGAGCCAUGGGGAGGGCAGCACGUGCAGGACCGGGGGCACCGGUGACUGACCGAAGAGCUGCCCGGCUCUCCA